UCAAAUAUAAACUACAUUUGACUAGAAACUGAGGAAGUGUGUUGACGGACGGACUCACACGGCAGCGGCAGCAGCAGCUGCAGCGGCGCACAUGUAUUAGUGUAGCGUCUCUGCUCCUGACAGACAGACAGACAGACAGACAGACACUGGGUUUGUUUGAACGAAGUCACAUUAGACUGACAAUGACAACGAGAAGAAGAGAAGGAGGAGACGACGACAGCAGCUGCUGAGGAUUUAAAGCCGGUGUUUGGAGUUCGGUUCUGUCUCGUUCGUCUUCGUCCGGAGGAGAACUGCAGGUGCUCAACACAGCUGUGCUCAACCCUCCUGUUCAUUGCAAAGAUGAACUGGACUGCUGGUACACAGUGUGUCGCCAAGGGAGACCACAGAAAACCCAAACCUGGAGAACUGGCAUACCACAAAGGAGACAUCCUCACUAUUGUCGACAUCAGCACGAGAAAGGGGUUUUACAAAGCUACACACAACAGCACAGGAGAUGAAGGACUCAUCAACUCCACCAAUGUUCGUGAAAGAGAGGCUCUGCGUGUCGAUCAUAGCCUCAGCCUUAUGCCUUGGUUUCAUGGGAAGAUCUCUGGUCCGGAGGCUGUGUGUAAGCUGCAGCCACCUGAGGACGGCCUGUUCCUGGUGAGAGAGUCUAUCCGCCAUCCCGGUGACUACGUACUGUGUGUAAGCGUCUCUGGAGAGGUCAUCCACUACCGUGUGAUUUAUCAGGACAACAAGCUGACCAUCGACAACACACAGUAUUUCUACAACCUCAUUGACAUUGUUGAGUUCUAUUCUAAGAACAAAGGCUCGAUUGCUACAACGCUUCUGAAGCCCAGACAAAAACAAGGGACCAAGUCAGCUGAGUUAGAGCUGUCUAAAUCUGGAUGGCUGCUGGACCUGGCGAAGCUCACACUGGGAGAGAACAUCGGAGAGGGAGAGUUUGGUGCUGUGUAUGAAGGAGAGUACAUGGGCCAGAGGGUGGCAGUAAAGAUCAUUAAAUGUGACGUCACUGCUCAGGCCUUCCUGCAGGAGACUGCAGUCAUGACGAAACUCCAACAUAAAAACCUGGUGAGAUUACUGGGUGUCAUUCUUCACCAAGGGCUUCAUAUUGUAACAGAGCUCAUGACUAAGGGAAACCUUGUUAAUUUUCUCAGGACAAGGGGGCGUUCUGUUGUACACUCACCUCAGCUGCUCCGCUUUGCACUUGACGUGUGUGAAGGGAUGGAGUACCUGGAGUCUAAGAAGCUGGUUCACAGAGACUUGGCAGCUCGUAACAUCCUGGUCUCUGAUGAGAGUGUGGCCAAGGUCAGUGACUUUGGUCUGACAAAGCUGGACUCCAAGGUGUCCGACAGCGUCAAACUACCUGUCAAAUGGACCGCACCUGAAGCUCUGAAGAAAGAGAAAUUCUCAUCAAAGUCAGACGUCUGGAGUUAUGGUGUCCUACUGUGGGAGAUCUUCUCAUAUGGUCGUCUACCUUAUCCUAAAAUGUCUUUGAAGGAGGUGAAGGAAAAAGUGGAGGGAGGUUAUCGAAUGCAAGCUCCGGAGGACUGUCCUACUGGAGUUUACUCACUGAUGAUGAUGUGCUGGGAGCAGGAGCCACGCCGAAGACCUACCUUCAACAAACUGAGGGAGAAACUGGAGCGAGAGAUGAGUAAACUUAGUCUGGACCCUGGGUCAUAGUAUCAGAAUGAAAUCCAGCCAAGAUCUGGGUACAUUUUGAUCUCACAAUGGUGAAAAACAGGUGUGCUCGCUCUUAGGACAGUUGACCCACAAAUUGACGUUCUUGUUUUUUUGUGUACAUAACACUUGAUGAAGCACUGAGCUGCAUCUCACACACUUCACUUCAAUCCCAGUGGAUUAUUUUAACCUGGUGGAUGGAAGGAGACAAUGAUUCUAACCAGAAACAUGAAUGUUUAGUCGGUGGCAGCUACUAACUCACCUUUUAGAGUUGUUCUUGGGAACAUAUUGAGUGCGACUCAGACCGAGAUUGAAGCUGGCCUGAGCCGCUGUACCACGUUAUGUAUAUAAGUGAAUGAAGUUAAUAGCUUUAAUCCUCCAUUCUAUAUGGUUUAGUAAAGAAUGGAACAGAAUGAACCAAUGAGUAAGGCACAAAUGCACGAAUCAUGGUCAUUUCAACAUUGAGACUUGACUUGACAAUGUUUGAAUGGAUUGUCAUGAAACGUCUUCAUCCACAGUGAAUAAAUCUAAAUGACCUUAAUGAUCUGGUAGAAUAUCACACACCCGUGCACACACACCUCACAGUUAGCUCCAAUGACUUUGAAAAAAUUCUUUAUGCAUCAACAGCCUUUCCAGUGCCACCCAAUGUUAACGCAGAAAACAAUGCUGGUGAAUAAUGUGGUAAACAUUAUACCAUGUGCCAUUUGCUUACAAGUUCCCACAACUGUAUGCUAAAUCUAGACUUUUUGCUAUGUGUGGCCAAUUAGAGUAAAUUUUUUAUCAACUUACAGGACAAUAAACACCACUGACUGAAGUCUCAGCAGAGUGUAAUACCUGUAGACUCUGAAAUACAGAGUUCCAGAUGAAGACUAAAUGCAGGUCAAUUGCAGGUCAUGUUAUAUUGGUCCUAAGAUGUGGGGAGAAAAUGUCUCAUGUAUAAUUAGAUACUUUACAUGAAGUGCAGUCCCCCCCUUUACUUUUUGAGUGAUGCUGCUGCUCACAAACAGACAAACAUCAGCCUCUUGGCAGAUGUAAAAGUAAUGACUUUUACUAACUUUUUUGGUUGUUAAAUCACUAUUCACUUGUUUCAGAUUUUCUCAAAGUGUUUUGGUUAAUGGUCAGUUUGUGGUACACUCUGAUUUAUUUAUUUCAAAUGUUUGAAUGUAAUCAAAUUUAAUUUGUUUCAUAAGACUAAAUCUGAGGGAAAUAUGGUAUUUAUUGCUACCUUCCUUUUCCUCUUUAUCAGGAUUUUGAGAUUAUAGUGAGUGACUUUGUAAUUUUUUGUUAUCUCGUGGGAUCUCUCUGUAUGUGCAGGUACAAAACGCUUUGUUCAUCCUUAAUCUUUUGCAAAACCAUUUGGACUGUGAUUAUUUAUUUUACAUUUACAGUUGUUAUUCUAUUUAUUACAUUCCAUUCACUAUACCACUCAUUUCACUGUGUAAUUAUGUGAUAAAAAUGCAAUAAACCCCCUCUUUUGGAUUACCAUCACGUCAAAAGACUAAAUAAAAGAUGUCAUUUUAUUUUAAGUCUGUGUAAGCCUGCUUGUCUCUGUCCCAGGAGAUGGAUACCAAAUUGAGGUUUGAUGCUUUAUCUGUUGUUAUCAUACGAGAGUCCUUCAAUAUAGUUCAAUCUGCUGUGUUUUACUCAACCUUACUGAUGAGCAGCGGUUUUUCUGCACAAGGAUUUAUAAAGAAACCAAAUGUCAAAAUAAAUAAAUGAAAUAAUGAAAA